UGAGGGUGACGGAGCAGCCUGUGAAUGGAUACGUAUAGGCCUUGCAAAUGGCGGUGGAGAUGAUGUAGGGCUGGAGGGUCAUUUGAGUGAGAAAGUUGAUGAGAAAGAACAGUCUCGAAAAGUAUAUGACAUUUCGAUUUCGGUACCAGAGCGCAUUGAUUCGUAUGAGGAGGGAUACUGGCGUUCUUGGGUUAGCUUGGGUCAAGGGGGGGGGACUGAUGCCCACGACUCACAGUUCACGACGAGAAGGAGAACGUUGCUUCCAAAAAAUGCGAUCCAUGGUGCUGCUCGACAACUAUAUCAUGGCAAUAAGCAUGGGCUACGUCUCAUGGCUUAUUAG